AUGAGAGGCAAUCACAUGGCAGUUGCGACUUUGCAGCGUUCACAAGAGCAGAUCAGGUCAGGUCAGACGUUGCAGAGCCCAUGUCCAUGUGGUACAAGUCCCAUUGCAUUAGGUUACAAGUUAUUAAAGCUACCUACUUUCCUCUCUUUCUUUAAGGGGUUUCACAGAAUCAUUCAACAAUUCCCUUUUUCUUUUCUUGGGAGAAAACCCAAAGCAAAGCAAGGUACAGCUUCUACUGCUGAUGGCAACAACAAUUACAUAACUACCCCUAUCAAAGCCAACCAUUACCCUUAUGGAAAAGACUUCCCGGGCCGUAUUCCCACAGGCAGAUUUUCAAACGGGAAGCUAGCUGUCGACUUGUUGGCGUCUCUCCUAGGGGUAAAACAGACAAUUCCACCCUUCCUACAGCCAGAUAUCCCCGCCAAUGAACUGCGUACAGGUGUCUGUUUUGCUUCAGCUGGAACCGGAUACGAUAACCUCACCGCUGACAUCACUCGAGUUUUACCAUUGUCUCAACAACUUAUUUAUUUCAAAAAUUACAGUGAAAGGCUCAAGAAGAUAUUCGGAGAAGAAGAGGCAGAGAGAAUCAUAAACCAUGCUUUGGUUAGUGUUAGUGCAGGCACUAAUGACUUUAUUUUUAACUUCUAUGACAUUCCAACAAGAAGAACCGUAUUCGACAUCAAUAAUUACCAAGAAUUCAUCAUAGAAAUGCUCCAUAACUUCAUUAAGGAGCUUUACAAACUCGGUAGUCGUACACUGGUAAUAACCGGGCUUCCUCCUAUUGGUUGUCUACCGAUUCAAAUUACAUCCAAGUUUCACAGACGAUUUGGAAGAACAUGUGUUGAGGAACAGAAUGUGGAAGCUCAAGCCUAUAACAAGAAGCUUCUACAAUUCUUGCCUCGUAUACAGGCGUCUCUUAAAGGAAGUAGAAUCGUAUAUGCAGAUGUAUACAACCCACUGAUGGAUAUUAUUAAUAAUCCAGAAAAAUACGGUUUUCGUGAAACGAUGAUUGGAUGCUGUGGGACAGGGUUGGUGGAAGCGGGACCUAUAUGCACCCCAGUGACUCCACUAUGUCAAAACUCUUCUGAAUAUUUGUUUUUUGAUAGUAUUCAUCCUAGUGAAAAAGCUUAUGGCUAUGUUACUGAAUGCAUCAAGAAACAAAUCCUUGACAAGUUGUAG